AUUAGAUCGUGGUGAUUUUUUGUGGUGCUGAUGGAAAUAGUGUCAAAGUGGUGUAUAUUUAUUUCAGAAUUGGAUCAUAUUUAAUAACACAGAAACAUGGGGAAAAAUUGGAAGAAGUUUCAGCUGUUAAUGUGGAAAAAUUACGUUCUCCAAAAAAGGAGUCCGUGGCAAACUGUAAUUGAAAUUAUAGCACCCAUUAUCUUCAGUGUUUUAAUAGUGUCUCUUCCAUUCAGCGUUACUGAUCAUGAUAUAACUUAUUACAAUAAGUUCGACCCAGAAACGAUUGGGACGAACUUAGAUACUGAACUAACUAUAUAUUAUACACCCAAUGAUGAUUCUAUAAAAGAAAUUAUGCAAAUAUUUGAAACUCACAAUUUCAAAAUUCAAGGAUUUGACGAUGUAGACAGUCUAAUCAACGAAUAUAAAUUCCAUGAAAGCGAAGUAUAUGCAGCUAUUGAAUUUUCUAGUCAAUCUGUUAAUUAUGAUAUUUCCAUAAGGUUUCCUGCUGAGCUUCGCAACGCUAGUACUACUUGGCGGACAGACUUUGUAUAUCCACAAUAUCAAUUGUCGGGACCCAGAGACAGAGACAGCAACGAAGGAGCUGUACCCAAUUAUUACCGGGAAAACUUUUUAUUUUUCCAAACAACUUUGUACCGGGCACUGUUAUUAAAGAAUGCUGGACGUACUGCAAGCGACUUUAAUAACAGUUUUGAGGGCAUAAUUGAGUAUUUAAAUAGUGAAUACUCACUACCCACAGUGAACAUGGUCAGGUUUCCUUACCCUGAGUACAUCGAAAACAAUCUAAUAGACGCAAUGAUGGUGUUCUAUGGAAUCGUCAUCAUGUUGAGUUUUGUGUACACUUCCAUCAACACAGUGAAAGCUAUCACAACGGAAAAAGAAAAGCAACUUAAAGAAGCCAUGAAAAUUAUGGGUUUAACGAAUUGGUUGCACUGGACUGCCUGGUUCGUCAAAACAUUCAUAUUCCUCUUCAUAUCUUGCGUUAUUAUAACCGUACUGUUCAAAAUAAGUUUCUCUGAGUCGGGGGCCCUUUUGAAAAAUGCCGAUGCUUCAGUAAUAUUAAUAUUUUUCAUUUUGUACAUCACUUCAAUAAUAUUUUUAUGUUUCGCCGUUAGUGUAUUUUUUUCUAAAGCGAAUACGGCGGCAACAAUUUGUGGCUUAAUUUGGUUUUUGUCGUACACCCCCUACGCCCUACUUCAAAAUAAAUACGAAACUUUAGGGUUGGGCUCUAAAUUGGCGUGUUCCCUCGGUGCAAAUUCUGCCAUGGCCUAUGGAUUUCAGUUAAUCUUGGGAUUUGAAGGAACAGGGGAUGGCAUUCAAUGGAGUAAUUUAUUUACCCCAGUCACCCCGGAUGAUGAUCUGACCGUUGGUGCCAUAAUGUUAAUGUUGAUCCUCGAUUGUAUUAUUUACUUAGGUGUAGCAAUGUAUGUAGAAAACGUCUUCCCAGGGGAAUUUGGAGUUGCCCUUCCUUGGAAUUACCCCUUCACUAAGUCAUAUUGGUUCCCUAAAUCGGAAAAAAUAGAUUACAGUCCAACUUUGGAAAACAAUAACAAUGAUGUAUUCGAAAAACCUCCAGAAAACUUAAAAGUAGGAGUAGAAAUUAGAAAUUUGAGAAAAGAAUUUGGAACUAACGUGGCUGUUAAUAAUUUGUCAUUGAAAAUGUAUGAGAAUCAGAUAACUGUCUUAUUGGGACAUAAUGGCGCUGGAAAAACAACAACCAUGUCCAUGUUAACUGGAAUGUUCCCUCCCACAAACGGAACCGCCAUUGUAGAUGGACACGACAUAACACAUGAUAUGGCAGGUGUUAGAGAUAGUCUGGGACUAUGUCCCCAACACAACAUAAUAUUCGACGACCUGACUGUCAGCGAACACUUAUACUUUUUCAGUAAGCUGAAAGGAUUGGAAGGUGACCAUGUGAACAACGAAAUCGAUAAAUACAUCAAGCUUUUAGAGUUGGAGCCAAAGAGGGACGCCCUCUCGAAAACACUGUCAGGAGGUAUGAAGAGGAAGUUGUGUGUCGGUAUGGCUCUUUGCGGCAACUCCAAAGUCAUCAUGUUGGACGAACCUACUGCCGGCAUGGAUCCCUCGGCCAGAAGAGCUCUUUGGGAAUUCUUGCAGUGUCAAAAAGAAGGUCGCACCAUGCUCCUCACAACACACUUCAUGGACGAAGCUGAUUUACUCGGGGACAGAAUUGCCAUUAUGGCUGGAGGUGAGCUGCAAUGUUGUGGCUCGAGCUUUUUCCUGAAGAAGAAAUUCGGAGCUGGAUACCAAUUGAUUAUGGACAAGUCUCAGAAUUGUGAUUCGAAGCAAGUGACAGCUCUGCUGAAAAGUCACAUAUCAGAUAUAAAGAUGGAGGGUGAUGUUGGUUCCGAAUUAACGUACUCCCUGGGUGAAGAACAAUGCCACUUAUUCGAAAACAUGUUAAAAGACUUGGAGGACAACUCCCAGCGACUAGGCAUAAGAAGUUAUGGCAUUUCUCUAACCACGUUAGAAGAAGUGUUCAUGAAAGUCGGUGCGGACCAUCUGAAGGAUGAAAACCCACCACAAAUACAAGAAUCAAAAGAUAUUACAAUAAAUGUGAACACUGCCACAACUUUACUUACCGGAACACCACUAAUUAUAAACCAGAUCCAGGCCAUGUUUGUAAAAAAAAUGCUUUCAUCCAUAAGAUCCUGGAUUAUGCUGCUGCUCUUGAUCAUUUUACCAGUAAUAUUUUUGAUUAUUGCCAUGUCUACAUCACAAGACUUCUUCGUUUCUGAUUUACCAUCAUUAAAACUUGAUUUAGAUAUGUGGUCAGAAACACAUAUUUAUCUGCAAGGUGAAGGAAAAUACAUGGAAACAUAUCAAAAAUUAAUAUGCAAAGAUAACUGUGAAGAGGUGUCCAAUAUACUGGAAUCUUCUUUGGAGAAGAGGAGGGCUUCACCAAGCACCUUCAGAUAUCAAUAUGUAGUAGGAGCAAAACUUGCUGAUGAUGAGGUAACAGCAUACUUCAACAAUGAUGCAUACCACACGCCAGGAGUCACUUUGGCAUUAAUCCUCAAUUUAAUAUAUUAUAAUGUAACUGAAAACAACGUUUCAUUUACAAAUUAUCCAUUGCCUGUCAAAACUGAGACAGUGUUAAAACAAGCAACUGAAUUUGGAGGUGAAGGCUUCAAUUUGUCUUUCAACAUUGGCUUCAGCAUGUCCUUCGUGUCAUCCAUAUUUAUUUUAUUCAUCAUCCGGGAAAGGAUUACCAGUUCAAAACAUCUUCAAAUGGUUUCUGGUGUGAAAGCUAUAAUUUUCUGGUUGGUAACUUUCAUUGCUGAUUACAUUGUUUAUUAUGUUAUGGUCGUGGCCUUUAUGAUAACGUUGAUAUGUUACCAAAAGGAUGGCUUCAGUUCUUCAGCUGACAUAAGUCGUCUCUUCGUAAUAUUCACCUCUUAUGGAAUAGCCAUGUUGCCAUUCAUGUAUUGGGCAGCCUUCUUGUUUGACACCCCAUCAACUGGAUAUUCACGAAUGACCAUGUUUGGUGUAUUUGCAGGCGUCAUUGCAUAUAUGGUGAUAAAAAUAUUUGUGGACCUAGUGUUGAACAAGAAAGACAUUGUGAAUGGGUUGACUUAUAUAUUUUUGUUUGUUCCACAGUACUCCGUUAUUACUGCCAUUGCUGAUUCAAAUACUUUAUAUGCUACCAAUGAGAAAUGUAGUAUUACAAAUUCAUCCCUUCCAGAUUUUGCCUUAUAUUGUAGUGAUUAUGGUGACUUCUAUUACCGGCUCGAGUACCCAGGCAUUGGAAGAAACUUACUGUAUUCCUUCUUAAGCGGAUUUAUACUGUUAACAGCUCUUAUUCUUUAUGAGUACAAGGUGUUCUCGAAUUUAAUAUACAAGUUUAGUAAUAAAUACAUGAAGGCAAGUCCCAGUCAACUGCAAGAAGAAGAUGCUGACGUCUUAGAAGAAAAGGAAAGAAUCAGGAAACAAUCAGAAUCUCGACUUAAAGACGAGUAUUUAUUUGUGAUGAAGGACGUUACGAAGUAUUACAAGAAAUUUUUGGCUGUUAACGGUUUGAGUUUAGGUGCAAAAGGUCAGGAGUGUUUUGGGUUGCUGGGAGUGAAUGGAGCUGGAAAGACCACAACUUUUAAGAUGAUGACUGGAGACAUCAGGAUGUCUUAUGGAGACGCUUGGGUGAAGGGAUACAGCAUCAAGAGCCAACUGAAAGAUGUACAAAAACACAUUGGAUAUUGCCCACAGUUUGAUGCCCUUCUUGAUGAUUUAACUCCUAGAGAGACGAUCAAGAUGUUUGCUUUGCUUAGGGGCAUUCCUAAAAGUGAAUGUGAUCAACUGGCUGUACAAUUAGCUACAGAUUUUGAUUUCCUUAAGCAUAUAGACAAGAGGGUCAAGGAACUGAGUGGUGGCAAUAAACGUAAGCUUAGCACUUCCAUUGCUUUGAUUGGAGACCCACCGGUGAUAUAUUUGGAUGAACCCACGACAGGAAUGGACCCCGCAACUAAGAGAUUCCUCUGGAACGCCUUGUGUAAAAUCCGUGAUGCCGGCAAACUGAUCAUCCUCACCUCUCACAGCAUGGAAGAAUGCGAGGCGUUGUGCACAAGAAUCGCCAUUAUGGUGAACGGAAAUUUCAAAUGUUUGGGCUCUACGCAACACUUGAAGAAUAAAUUCGCGAUGGGAUUCAGUCUGACGGUCAAAAUUAAGAAGUUAGAUGUGAGCGUAGGCUUGAAUCAUUCGGAUACUAGUCAGGCUGAAGCGUUCAUAGUGAAACAUUUCCCCAAUGCUGUUCUCAGGGAGAAACAUCAGGAGCUCAUCACGUAUUAUAUUAAAGAUAAGACGAUACCCUGGUCUAAAAUGUUCGGUAUUAUGGAAAGAGCUAAGCAAGAUCCAAAUCUGAACAUAGAGGAUUAUUCUUUGGGGCAAUCAAGUCUGGAACAGGUAUUUUUGACAUUUACUAAACUACAGAUCUAAUUAACAGUCAAACAGCUGUAAAUUGUAUUUAUAAAUAUUUAAAAUUAUUUAUUUUUAUAAAAUAUAUGUCAAUAAAUGUUAAUAGGUUUAAAUA